AUGCCUUCCCCGGGCUCGGACACUUCUUCAUUAGAGAUCGAGUAUCAGACAGAAGAAUCAGAUAUAAGAGCCGGAAGUGAAAAUAUAGUAAAGAUUGAGUAUUCUUCAGAGAGCAAUGAAAACACUUCUGAUUUGAUAUCCGAGGAUCUGCCUGAAGACUCGUAUACCAGACCAGGCAGUGAAAGCAAAGUAAUGAUUAAGCAUCCUUCCGAAGAAUCCUCAUAUUCAUCAACAACCAGCGUGAAUAUGUCAGAAAGCGAGUAUCUAUCAGGAAGCAGUUACAACACUUCAGUUUCCCUAUCCAAGUAUCUGCCGAUAAGAUAUUCCGAUGUGAUAUCCGAGCAUCUGCCUGAACACUCGGAUACCAGACCAGACAACGCAAACAUAAUGAUUAAGCAUUCUUCUGAAGAAUCAUCAUAUGCAUCAACAACCAGCGUGAAUAUGUCAGAAAGCGAGUAUCUAUCAGGAAGCAGUUACAACACUUCAGUUUCCUUAUCCGAGUAUCUGCCGAAAAGAAGUGAAAGUGUCGAUGUAGCUGUAGAAGAGAAAGUGUCCUCUGAGCAGAAGACACCUCCAGUAUUCCGUGCACCAGUCGACAGUAUGGAAGGUUUCGUUGUUAGUUCAAGGAGAGAGCCAGGAAUUCCAGAGAAGAUACCAGUUCCACUUGGCUCCAUCAAUGUUCCCCGAGCUCCUCAAAAUUCCUUUGUUCGGGCAGAGAGAGGAGGCACUAGAGGUCCAUGUGCACCAGUCGACAGCAUGGAAGGUUUCAUUGUUAAUUCAAGGGGAGAGCCAGGAAUUCCAGAGAAGAUACCAGUUCCACUUGGCUCUAUCAAUGUUCCCCGAGCUCCUCAAAAUUCCUUCGUUAUUGCUUGUUCUGCCCAGAGAGCAGCGUUGGCAGAGAGAGGAGGCACUGGCGGUGCAUUUCGUCAGGAUUCAUUGAUCUCCACUGACAACUUCCGGUUCUGCCGAUGGCUUGGCCAGGGAACUUUUGGACAGGUCUAUCAGGCAGAACAUAAGGAAACGAGGAAGAUGCUCGCCAUCAAACGCGUCGACAAGCAGCAUUAUUCGGAAAAUAAUAUCGUUGAAAUGUUAGUAGCAUUUAUUCUUUUACUAACAACUGCACUGGAGCAAUUUCUCAUUGUAACCAAUGAAAUAUUUCACUUACAUACAAUUAAUUGCUGUGGGUGCUGUGUGACCUAUACAUUCCCUUGGCUCAUUCCCUGGCUCUGUCCUGACAUGUUGGUUGGCUUCUGUUUCAGGCUUUUCCUGGAGAGAGACAUAUUGAGAUUGGCGAGGAACUCCAGGAACCCUUUCCUUGUGAGUCUGUUCUGCUCUUUCCAGAGUGAGCACCAUGCGUAUAUAGCCAUGGAAUUCGCCGCUGGAGGCAGUUUAGCGUCCCGGCUGAAGAACGGAGCUCUCCCCUAUGAAAGCACUUUAUUCUAUUCUGCGUGCAUCGUCCUGGGGAUCAAGUUCUUACACGAGAACCAUAUUGUCCACCGAGAUUUGAAGCCUGAUAAUAUAGUCCUAGACAGCGCUGGUUAUGCCAAAUUGGCAGAUUUUGGACUGUGCAAAACAGGAAUUGACUACGGAACGGAAAUGACGCACGCAUGUGGGACGAAAUGUUACUGUACCCCUGAACUGUUCUGGGGAAAGAGCUAUAACAGAACAGUGGACUGGUGGGCUUUAGGCGUCACUAUAUAUGAAAUGGCCGUUGGGAAGUUGCCAUUUACUGGAGUAGAUGAGAAGUUGAGUGAAAACGUCAGGUUUGCAGAACCAAGAUAUCCACCCCGUCUGGAUAAGAGAACUGUUGCAAUAAUAAAAGCACUCCUAAAGAAAGAGCCGACAUUACGUCUGGGAGCAGAUAAAGACGAUGGGGAAGAAGUGCAGAAAUUCUGUUACUUUGAGCCAAUAGACUGGAAAGCUCUGGAAGACAGGCAGUUGCCGGCGCCAUUUAUUCCCAGCCAAGAUGUCCAUGUUGCACAAGAAGAACAACGUGGUAUUGGGGUUGCAACACCCCCACAAGGAAUGUGGCCACUUCCCUCAGCCAUGCACGAGGCAUUCGCAGAAUUUGAGGAGUUGCCAGAAGCUUUAUAAUAUAUAUAUAUAUAUA